AUGUCGAACUCCUCAUCAUGUUCGUGGGAAUGUAUUUUGUCGAUUGUUGGUGUCGGAUUCGUAUGGGGUACAACGAAUCCGCUAUUGAGACUUGGGUCAAAAUCCGGAGCACAAACGAUCGAUAGCCCAGGUCUCCAUCCUUCUCCGAGCCUUUGGGGCCGUUUAUUAACUCCUGUAAUCGAACUUGCCACAUUACUCAUGAAUUGGAGGUUUUCGCUCCCGUUCAUUGUCAAUCAAAGUGCUUCUAUGAUGUUCAUAAUGCUCAUAUCUCGUUAUCCCGUAUCAGUAGUUGUUCCUUGUGUGAACGCGUUGCAGUUCGUGUUCACUGCUGUAGCCGGCCAUUUCAUCGGUGAACGGAUGCUCAAUCUUCGAAGCUGCAUUGGUGCUCUUACAGUAACCACUGUAGUGAAGGUACCUACUGUUUCACUCAAUAAUUUGAGGAGUAACUAUGGUGGACAAUUCCCACACGUGGGUAGAAAGGACAUUCGCUUGCGCUCGAUAAAGAUCAGUGAUAUUAGUGUGAUCGUUAUGCACAUCUCCACAGUUAGUGGUGGAUUACACCGCAGUCGUAUGUCGUAA